AUGGCGGCGCAAGAGCGGCCGUAUCAGCCAUCACUUCCAUGGCGUGUCAGCUCAGCCAUUCACAUCGGAUUGGUCGGCUUUCUUUCUCGGAGUUUUCUUUACGCAUUGAAUAGAACGCAGACGCAAGGUCUUGAUAGAUUCCUCGAAAUCCUCGAUAGCAGGAAGGAUGAGACGAAAAGAACGCGCGGUUUGGUCACUGUAUCGAACCAUGUGAGCGUACUAGAUGAUCCCAUGAUAUGGGGUGUUUUACCGAAUCGUUAUUUUUGGAACCCAAACAACAUGCGGUGGGCUCUCGGUAGCCACGAUGUAUGUUUCAAGAACCGCUUGAUGGAGAGCUUCUUCUCGUAUGGAAAUACUCUUCCAAUGCAUCGCGCGGCAUAUUCCAAAUUUGGCGGCCUCUUCCAACCUACCAUGUCACACGCCAUUCGACUUCUUAGUGACCCUCACGCCCAUACAGCCCCAGAGAACUGGGAAGGUGCUCCACGUCCGUCCAAUAGUAAUCCGCUGUCUGAGAGCUUCCCACGCUCUGACCCCUUCUCCACCGCGGAAUUGACAUACACAACAACCGGCAGUGAUCGAUUUCCCGCCCCUGAUGUCUACCCUAGUCGACGCUUCAGUUGGGUCCACAUCUUUCCCGAGGGCAUGAUCCAUCAACACCCCGACAAAGCCAUGCGAUAUUUCAAAUGGGGCGUCGCUCGCCUGAUUCUAGAAGCAGAGCCUUGUCCGGAUGUUCUGCCCAUGUGGAUCGACGGUCCCCAACAUGUCAUGGAUGACAAGAGGCCGUGGCCUCGUCCGCUUCCCCGAGUGGGCCGCGACAUCAGCAUAAACUUUGGCGAAUUGGUAGACACCGAGAAGGUCUUCGAACCGUACCGGAAACGUUGGCAGGAAUUGAAAGCGCGUGCAAGGGAGCAGCGACAAAAGUUCCUUACGCCUUCAUCAACGGCAUCCGACGAUGAGAAGCAGGCUCUAGCAAACGCUUGGCCACAAGACGGCGAUGCGCCUACCGGUCUGCUCACCGACUGGGAUCUUAAGUAUGGGCCUGAGGCUGAGCAGCUCCGCAUCGACGUCACUCUUGCUGUUCGUAACGAGGUCCUCAAAGUUCGACGAGCAACAGGAUUGCCUGAUGAGGAUCCUAAGCGUGGCCUGGCAGAGACUUUCCGCGCCGAGGGUGGCGCCGGACAACCGAGGACUGGACCCAAAGCCGACGGAAGCGUAGUAACAGAGGACUGA